AUGGCCAAGCUCUCGCGUGGUGCCCCCGGUGGCAAGCUCAAGAUGACCCUCGGUCUCCCCGUUGGUGCCGUCAUGAACUGCGCCGACAACUCUGGUGCCCGUAACCUUUACAUCAUCUCCGUCAAGGGUAUCGGUGCCCGCCUCAACAGACUGCCCGCCGGUGGUGUCGGUGACAUGGUCAUGGCCACCGUCAAGAAGGGAAAGCCCGAACUCCGCAAGAAGGUCCACCCCGCCGUCAUCGUCCGCCAGUCCAAGCCCUGGAAGCGCUUCGACGGUGUCUUCCUGUACUUCGAGGACAACGCUGGUGUCAUCGUCAACCCCAAGGGUGAGAUGAAGGGCUCCGCCAUCACCGGCCCCGUCGGUAAGGAGGCUGCUGAGCUCUGGCCCCGUAUUGCCAGCAACUCUGGUGUCGUCAUGUAA